GAAUCAUUCAAAUUUUCCAUGCGAACAAUGAGACUGUGCUUUCUUCUACUAGUCUGCGUGAUAGCAGUGAGUGCCUGGCCCAUUGAGGAUCUGUCAUUGCGCGUGAGCGGCGGCAAUGGCUGGUAUGUGCCCCAGAAGGACGGUGCCCUCCGGUGGGUGAGCAGAGCAGAGGGCGAGCGAGAUUUGGCCCACUACGAGGCCCAGGAAACGAUCAUGGGUCGCCUGUCCACGAACACGGUCAAUUUCUAUCUAUAUACGCUGCGGAACACCAACGCGGGGCAACAGAUCAAGGCGAACCGUGCCUCCAUUGAUGCAUCCAACUUCAAUCCCGAGAACCCCACGAGGAUCACCAUUCACGGUUGGAACUCAAACUAUAAGGAUGGUGUAAACACGAAGAUUGCCGCCGCCUGGUUCCUGUCUGGAGACUAUAACAUGAUUGCCGUCGAUUGGGUUCGCGGUCGCUCCCUGGAGUACGCUUCUUCCGUUGCCGCUGCCUCCGGAGCCGGCAAAAAGAUCGCUGCUCUGGUCGAUUUCCUGGUGAAGGAAUAUGGCAUGUCCCUGGACACCCUCGAGGUGGUGGGCUUCAGUCUGGGCGCCCACGUAGCCGGUCACACCGCCAAGCAGGUCGCCUCCGGAGAGGUCGGCAAGGUUGUCGGUCUCGACCCUGCCAUGCCGCUGAUCAGCUACAGCAACACCGCCAAACGUCUCGCCAGCGAUGAUGCCCGUUACGUGGAGUCCAUCCAUACCGCCGGCGGCACCAUGGGAUUCACCAAGCCCAUCGGCAAGGCUGCCUUCUACGUCAACGGCGGAAAGUCCCAGCCCGGCUGCGGCAUUGACAUAACCGGAAGCUGUGCCCACACCCGCGCCGUCACCUACUACGUCGAGUCCCUGCGGUUUAACAACUUCCCCACCCAGCGGUGCGACUCGUACAAGGAGGCCAACAAGAAAGCCUGCGGCGACAAGUACAGCUCCGUGCUGAUGGGUGCCACAGUGAACAUUUACGUGGCCGAGGGCAUCUUCUAUGUCCCAGUGAACAAGCAGUCCCCCUUCGGUCUGGGCGAGCUGCUUGACGACUCGGAAGGCUCCACAACUGUGGCUCCUGACACCCCUACAACUGCCGCUGAUGAUGCCACAACCGCCGAUGGAGAAGAUGAUUCGACCACUGCUGCACCUGAAGAAGGUUCCACCACUCCAGCACCUGGUGGCGAAGAUGAUUCUACCACAGCUGCACCUGAAGAUGGAGGUGAUGACUCUACAACUGCUGCCCCAGAAGAUGGAGGCGAUGAUUCUACCACCGCAGCUCCUGAAGAUGGAGGUGAUGAUUCUACCACCGGAGCUCCUGAGGAUGGAGAAGAUAAUGACUCUACCACAGCUGAGCCUGAAGAUGGGGAAGAUGACUCCACAACUGCUGCCCCAGAGGAUGGAGGCGAUGAUUCUACCACUUCUGCCCCAGAAGAUGGAGAAGAUGAUUCUACCACCGCAGCUCCAGAAGAUGGAGGUGAUGACUCGACCACUGCUUCACCUGAGGAAGAUUCCACCACUGAUGCACCUGAAGAAGAUUCCACCACUUCUGCCCCAGAAGAUGGAGAAGAUGAUUCUACCACCGCAGCUCCUGAGGAUGGAGGUGAUGACUCCACCACUGCCUCACCUGAAGAAGAUUCCACCACUGAUGCACCUGAAGAAGAUUCCACCACUUCUGCCCCAGAAGAAGAUUCCACCACUUCUGCCCCAGAAGAUGGAGAAGAUGAUUCUACCACCGCAGAUCCAGAAGAUGGAGGUGAUGACUCGACCACUGCCUCACCUGAAGAAGAUUCCACCACUGAUGCACCUGAAGAAGAUUCCACCACUUCUGCCCCAGAAGAUGAUUCUACCACUGCAGAUCCAGAAGAUGGAGGUGAUGACUCGACCACUGCCUCACCCGAAGAAGAUUCCACCACUGAUGCACCUGAAGAAGAUUCCACCACUUCUGCCCCAGAAGAUGAUUCUACCACCGCAGCUCCAGAAGAUGGAGGUGAUGACUCCACCACUGCCUCACCUGAAGAAGAUUCCACCACUGAUGCCCCAGAGGAAGAUUCCACCACAGCUGCCCCGGAGGAUGGAGGAGAUGAUACAACCACAGCCGCUACCCCAGAAGAUCCUACCACAACAACCGAAGCUCCAGAAGACCCCAACACCCCAAUAACCGAUGCCCCUGGAGAGCGACCAUCAACCGAUGCCCCCGAAGACAAUGAUGUCCCGGGCAGCACCAAGAACAUCUACAUUUUCAACUUGUUCCUGAUAAACGUUAAAGUUAACAAAAAAUAGACCUUUCUUAACCAAAUGCCCAGAACCGAGGGCGUGUUUCAUUAACUAAUAAAUUCAAAGCAAUAUCGCA